GGCCGGGCCGGGGCCGGGCGGGGCGCGCCCUGCGAGCCCGUGCGGGUGCCCCUCUGCCUGGACAUGCCCUGGAACCUCACCCGCAUGCCCAACCACCUCUACCACAGCACUCAGCACAACGCUGUGCUGGCCAGCGAGCAGUACGAGGAGCUGGUGGCCUCCAACUGCAGCGCGGCCCUGCGCUUCUUCCUCUGCGCCCUGCUGGCGCCCAUCUGCGCCCGGGACCUGCUGCUGCCCGGCCCGGUGCCCCCCUGCCGGGCCGUGUGCCAACGCGCCCGCCGAGGCUGCGAGCCCCUGGUCAACAGGUACAACCACAGCUGGCCCGACAGCCUGGCCUGCGACCACCUGCCCGAAUACGAGCGCGGCGUCUGCCUGGUGCCCGAGGCCAUAGUCGCCCACCCUGGAGAUGGUGGGAAGUGGAUGGAUGUCACUUCAGACAUGGAUAUUCCAGAACAGCCUGUAGAUGCUGACUGCAAACACCUCAGCCCCGAUCGGUGCAAGUGCAAAAAGGUGAAAGCUACACUGGCCACCUACCUGAGCAAGAACUACAGCUAUGUUAUUCACGCCAAAGUCAAAGCUGUGCAGAGGAGCGGAUGCAAUGAAGUCACGACCGUGGUUGAUGUGAAAGAGAUUUUCAAGUCGUCAGCACCCGUUCUCGGAAUGCAAGUCUCCCUGAUCACUAAUUCAUCAUGCCAGUGCCCACACACCCUUCCCCACCAAGAUGUUCUCAUUAUGUGCUACGAGUGGCACUCUAGGAUGAUGCUUCUUGAAGAUUGCCUGGUUGAGAAGUGGAAAGACCAGCUGAGCAGAAGAUUUACCGAGUGGGAAAAGCGCCUGCAAGAAGAAUGGCGAGUGAUGCCCAACCAGCGGAUCUCGGGGCGCCCGAGCCAGAGCAGCUCCCCCAAACCCAAAGGGAAUCCCUCCGGCCCCCGUCCUGCUGGCCCCAAAAAGACAAUUAAAACCAGAAGUGCCAAGAAAAGAAUGAACCCUAAAAAAGCCAACUAGGAAUUCUUGUACCACCAAAGACAUUUGGGCUGGGUGAUGGGGGUCCUGGUUGCUGUGGAUACCGAUCCCCACCUCCCCACCCCAUCGCAUCGAAGAAUUCUUUUGCCCCAACUCACUGUUAACCCGCUUGCUUUUUCCUCUAUGCCUCUGCGAAAUAGAUGUAGACUUCCACUUCCUGCAGGAAAAUAGAGUAGAACUGAUAGGUUGCAGCUUAUCCUUGUCCAAAAAGACAAAUGUUCAUUUCAUCAAUGAAGGGUGGGCAGGUUCAACACGUGUGUGUGUGUGUGUGUGUGUGUGUGUGUGUGUGUGUGUGUGUGUGUGGUGAUGUCAGAUAAAAAAAGCAUUUAAAACAAGCACUUUGUUUUUUUUAAAUGUGCGUUGUAUCGAAGCCGGCUUCUGAGGAUAGGACUGCAAAGAGUAUUGCAGGGGUUUCUGAUAAUAACAAUAAUAAUAGUAAUAGUAAUUGUGUUUGUUCUGAAGCGCUUACUA